UCGCCACAGCGCUGCGCUGCUGCUUAACACCACUCCCGUCUGACCAUGAUCCAGGCUUUCUUGCAGCGCCUCGCUCGUUGGCUCGACCGGCCGCUCUUCCCGUGGAAGAAGCUGGUCAUCGGCUUCUCCCUCGCUGAGUUCGCCCUCGAGAACUGGCUUCUCUUCCGCCAGUACCGCGUCUUGCAGAGGGACCGCGUUCCCAAGGCCCUGGACCACGAAAUCGACCGGCCUACCUUCGACAAGUCGCAGGCCUACGGCCGCGCAAAGGCCAAGUUCAGCUUUGUGUCCGGUCUCUUUAACCAGCUCAAGUCCAUCGCCGUCCUCUACUUCAAUGUCUACCCAUUCGUCUGGGGCGUUGCGGGCACCAUCCUCGCUCGCUAUGCGCCCGCUCGCUUUGCGGGCGACAUCUCCCAGUCACUGCUCUUCGUAUACCUCUUUGGCCUGAUCGACCUGGUUGCCGGGCUCCCAUUCUCUUACUACCACAGCUUCGUGCUCGAGGACAAGUUUGGCUUCAACAAAAUGACGGUCAAGCUCUGGCUGACGGAUAUGAUCAAAGGCCAGGCACUCGCUAUUGCGUUUGGCAUUCCCAUCGGCAGCGCUUUCCUGGCCAUCAUCAAGAAGACCGGACAGAGUUUCUUCUACUACCUCUGGGUCUUUAUGCUUGUCGUCCAAAUCUCAGCCAUGACCAUCUACCCCAUCCUCAUUGUUCCCAUGUUCAACAAGCUCGAACCCCUCAAACCCGGCAAGCUGAAGGAUUCUGUCGAGGCUCUCGCUUCUCGCCUCCAAUUUCCGCUCAGUGAGCUCCAGGUCAUCGAUGGAAGCAAGCGCAGUGCCCACAGCAAUGCGUACUUCACAGGUCUACCAUGGAUCGGCAAGAAGAAAAUUGUCAUCUACGACACUCUGCUCGAAAAAAGCACCGAGAAAGAGGUUGAGGCGGUCCUGGCGCAUGAGCUCGGUCACUGGAAAAUGAACCACACAUCCAGACUCCUCUUCAUUAGCCAAGCCCACAUGUUCUAUAUCUUUGCCCUCUUCUCUGUCUUUAUCAAUAACCGGUCGCUUUACGCUGAUUUCGGGUUCCACCGGCAGCGGCCCGUCAUGAUUGGUUUUCUGCUGUUCAACGAGAUCUUGUCGCCUACCGACUCCAUCAUCAAGCUUCUCCUGAAUAUCUGGACACGGAGCAUGGAGUACGAAGCAGACGCAUUUGCUGUGAAGCUGGGAUAUGCCGGGGAACUCGGCGCUUCGUUGAUCAAGCUCCAGAUUCAAAACCUCUCCAGCAUGGAUGCUGACUGGUUCUACUCCAGCUUCCAUCACUCGCAUCCCAUCUUGACGGAGCGUCUCAAGGCCAUGGGCUGGAAGGGCGACCGAAAGGUCACAGCAGGUAAUUCGGCUGACGAGGAGAAGCCGUUGAAGGCGGCAGAUAGAGAGCUCUGAGGAGGGAGCUGAUUGCCUGGGGCCCGUCAAAGUACCAUCGAGACCUACGUAGAUAGGAAGGAGUGCGGCACGAGAGCAGGCCAUGACGGCGCCAGACGACAAGCCAGUGUAAAAAAAAAUAAAACAAAAAGUGC